AUGGCUGCUUCCUGGGGAAGAGGGCGUCGAGGAGGCGCCCGCAGCUGGCAGAGCGGUUUCUGCAGCCCGCUGGCCGUUACCUCUUUCCUGGGGAGGAGUGGGGCGCAGGCUGCAGGGGUGCCCUCAUACAGGGAGCUUUCUCUCACUGUUCCCAUGAGGAGACAGGAACUGGCCAGAAUCAGCUGCGUGGACCUUGUGCAGGCAGCGUUUCGGACUCUGACCCUGGCUGAAGCCUACGGAUGUCGUCACAGUGCCACCGGGUGGUCUCUUACCUUGUUUUUUUCUUCUCCUCUUUUUCUCAUUUCAGUUCUGCUCGAGUCACUCAACAAGGAUGAACAAUCGUCCAAUGGCCAGCCCCACUCCAAGGAGUCCACAAACCCCCAGAACAAGAAAACGAGUGGAGACUUCCCAUCGGCCAACGGGGAGGCUGGCGGGGAGGCUCCCAAGGGUUAUACUCAGGACCAGGUGGAUGCGGUGAAGAGGGUAAAGCAGUGCAAAGAUUACUAUGAAAUUCUGGGAGUAAACAGAGAAGCUUCUGAUGAGGACCUGAAAAAGGCUUACCGGAAACUUGCGCUGAAAUUUCACCCAGAUAAGAACCAUGCGCCAGGGGCUACAGAGGCAUUUAAAGCCAUUGGUAAUGCAUACGCGGUAUUGAGCAACCCAGAGAAGAGGAAGCAAUAUGACCAGUUUGGAGACGAGAAACUCAACCCUGCUCGGCACGGACACAGUCACUCAGACUUCCACCGCGGGUUUGAAGCAGACAUCUCCCCAGAAGACCUCUUCAACAUGUUUUUUGGUGGUGGUUUUCCCUCUAGUAACGUUCACGUAUACAGCAAUGGCAGGAUGCGAUACACCUAUCAUCAGCGGCAGGACAGACGAGAACAUCAGGGUGAUGGUGGCCUUGGGUUGUUUGUCCAGCUGAUGCCUAUCCUCAUCCUGAUCAUUGUGUCUGCUCUCAGCCAGAUGAUGGUCUCCAGCCCACCCUACAGUUUGAGCCAGAGGCCGUCUGUGGGUCACAUACACAGGAGGGUGACAGAGCACUUGAAGGUCGUCUACUACGUCUCUGAGGUCUUUGCAGAAGAGUACACAGGCACGAACCUGAAAAACGUUGAAAGGAGCGUGGAGGAUGACUACAUCGCAAAUCUUCGAAAUAACUGCUGGAAGGAGAAGCAGCAGAAGGAAGGCUUGUUGUACCGGGCACGCUACUUCGGAGACUCAGAUCUGUACCAGCGAGCACAGAGGAUGGGCACUCCCAGCUGUAGCAGACUGUCAGACGUUCAAGCCUCUCUGCACGGAUAGUCACUGCCAGCCCGCUCAGCAGAGGUCUAAACUCUUGAAAUGCCUGAAGACUUUUGGUGAAGUGCACUGAGCCAAGGUGACAGACUUUAUAUUUAAAGAAUCAAACGUUAAAUUAAAAUGGAAUUGGAGAAUUAGCAACGCACAACUGCCCUCUUUCUUCUCUCUGUCUGUCUCCGCCGUUAGACGUCUCAGGCAGCAAUUAGAACAGGAAAUAAAGGUGCCGGUCUUCCUCCCUCCCUUCCAACACCACUAGAGUGCGACAGCCUGGUUGCUCCUAGGAUACCACAACCAUGAGAACAAACGUGUAGAGUGUAAAAUAAUAAAAGAAGCUGCAGAAGCCACGAAGCAAAAGGAGACCCUUCGUGACUGCACUGGUCACUUCUGAUGGAGAGAGAAAUCGGACAAUUUGGGGAUAAAAGAAAGCUUACAAAAGAAAAUAUAAUCUAUUUAGAAUUAAUUUAUAGCUGUAUAUAUGUUGUACUUUUAAACUAUGCAGGGGUCGGAUUAAAUUAUUUUGUUUUCUGCCAGGUUUAAUAGACAGGGAAGCAGGAAGCCUCUCUUGCCAGGGUGUCCCACUCCACGGAGCUUUCCUGCCUGACGCGCUCAAGCAAGGAGCGCUUUGCAGUUGCUGUAUUUUGCUUUCUUGAGGACAGCAGCGCUCCGCGGCUUGGGUUGCUGAUGCCUGGCUUUGGGGUUUUAAUACCAGAAUUGUCAAAUCCGGGGGGGGGGAGAAAUUAUCCGGACUUGCGAUUUGGUUUUGCGACGUUGGCAGAAGUUAACAGCAGGUCAGCUGAGCACUGGAGUCUCGUUCAGUGAAGGAAAGGAUUGUCCUAGAUGGUUUUAGCUCAUCAGUUGUUCAGUUUAUUUGUGCGUGUAACUUUUUUUUUUUGCAGAGUCUGCUUUCAUUUUGCCUCGUAAUCAGCGUGCAGCGUUCGUUCUGUAAACAGGGCUUUCCACCAGCUGCGUCCCUUUGUCACCUUUCUUUUUUUUUUUUUCCCCCUAAACUUGGGGUUCCUCUCCCACCAGCACUCCUACUUGUAACGUGACUGUGGCCUUGACACGAUAUUUCUGAUGUUUCUUCGAGGAGACCUGUAAAAUAUUAAAAUCCAUAAAAAAAAAAAAAAAACCACCAAAAACGGAGCUUUGCAUUGCUUCUGUUGAAAGAAGUUUUGCUGGGGGGAUCAGCCGUCAGCGGGCGUCCUUGAUCUCCUCGCGUUCCUGACUGAGCUUUGCAGAGCGCUCUCGCUAGAUCACAGCUCCAGGCGUACCUCUGUUGUAGCGACAGCUUUGCCAGUCCGGCGUUUCAGAAGCAGGAGCGACGGCGCCGAAAGCCGCGGCUUCCCUGCUGCAGCAGGCAGGACCUGGACGAGAGCAGCGGGCGAGCGCUCGCGGUGACGCCCUCUCUCUUUGUCGCGUGCGCGAGAGAAGCAAAAACGGAAAGAGCGCAAAGUUACCCUCGGUGGAAUAAACUGGAUUUUUUUUUUUUUUUUUUGUACCCCGCAGUUCAUUUUUUGUGUAAAGACGUUUCCUGUGAGAACCGUCCCCGGCACCCUUAGGGGAGUUAAUGAAAACAGCAGUGGCUUCUGGGUAGGGUGGCAAGGGCUGGAAGAAGUGGGAGGGAAGAUGGUUUUAUUUCUUUAUCGUUAGAAAUCCAUAUGCUCUGUCUUUGGGUUUUUAUUUAUUUUGCAAAAUAUCAGGCCUCCUGUUAACUGUAAGCCUUAUUAUCCCACAGCUCCCGUGACUUGGACCUGAUUUUUUUUUUUUUUAUUGUUAUGAUGAUGAUGAUGAUUCCUCCGUCUUUGGAAGGAAGUUGGGGGAAGUAUGGCAUUAAAGUAACUCGUAAUAGAGGCACAGGCUAGUUGGCACGAAGCGAUCGUGGGGAGGGGACUUCAGUGAAAGUCGCGUUUGCGAAAGGUGCUGAAUGUCUUGCAAAACGGCGUUCCCUGGCCAGAGCCUGCCCGCCAAAAACCUUUCGAUUUUUUUGGAGUAGGUAUCCAUGGAUAAUAUGAGCGAGAAAGCAUAGAUCCUAACGGAUGCUCCCAGCAGCUGUAUUUCUUGAUUUAGAAUUAAUUACCAAAUUGUACAUCUAUAAAUAAAUGUUUAUAACGUGA